AAAAUAAAACUAUCAAUGACAGAAUCGUUUUAACGCACGAAACCAAAAAGCAAAAACAUAAUGUAACACGAGACACGUAUUCAGAACGUAUCUUACAGGAGGAGACACGUAUUCAGGGCAAAUGGCCGAGUUGAGCAUCAACACUCUGGAAUCUGGUUUCAAAACACUGGGCGUCAUAAUAGGCAGGCCAACAAUUACGUUUACGUUCAAUGUCAACCAUAUGCUGAAUCACACAAUAGACGACAAUAAAUGACUUUGUUUUGAGAUCUUCAAACCUAACCCUGAGGCUCUACUGCAGGCAACUUUGACACAAGCACACUCAAAUACGAUGGUCGGCGAGUUACCAGAAAUGAUUCACGAUCAUUACUUGAAUAUGCCUGAAUUGACUGAACUUGUAUAGCCUUCGUACGAAUCAUAAGUUAGCCACAUGGUGGGUAACGUAAAAUAGUUAUCAUGGACACGAAAAUAAUAAUAGUGGGAAUUAUAAUUCUUUGCAACUCUAAGUUAUGUAAUAUGCAAUGCACGUUUAGUGCCAACUGUAAAGGCAGACUGAGGAACGGAAAAGACCCUUAUCCAAAGCGAGACGACUGGAAUCACCCUGCAUGGCUGCCUAUCCCAAAUGAAUCAGAUGCGUUUGUUGAUCUAAUCUUUCUCAUGGAUGGUUCCGGAUCAAUUUCUGAAUAUGACUUCAAAAACACAAUGUUUUGGCUAAACUCAAUAUCACGUGGUUUCGACAUAUCAAAAGGAACGUUUCAGAUCGGCGUUGUGCAAUAUUCUCACUGGUACAGAACAAGGACACCAGAUAAUCAACAGCUCAUGAAAACGGAGAUUAAACUUGGAUCUUGCUUAGAUUAUGAAUGUCUGAAAAAUCAAAUAAAUGCUGUGAAGCUCAUGGGUUAUACCACGUAUACCGGAUUUGCCAUAAAUAAAACCGUGAAUGAAGAUUUUCGAAAUUCAAUAAAUUUCGAUAAAUCCCUUAAAAUUCUCGUUUUGUUGACGGAUGGAACAUCUAAUGAUGACGUAAUCCAUUCGUCCAAUUAUGCAAGAAGUCAAAACGUCACGAUAUUUGCGAUUGGAAUCGGACCUUAUUACUAUAUUGAUGAGCUGAAACUGAUCGCAACGGGAGAUACCAGAAGUAGUUUGCGACUGUAUGUACUGGAAAAUUUCGAUCGACUGCCCAGUAUUACUGAUAGCUUGCGAAGUGAAAUCAAAUCAUAUUAUGUCCAUUAUGUCUGUCCUCCACUACCACUACCUAUACAUGCCUCGAUGGAAUGCUCUAAUCUCAAUGAUAUUGGCUCAAAAUGCACUACUUCGUGCAACUACGGUAAAUUCAAGUUAUUUGGCGACGGCACAAGAUAUUGUCAUGUGACUAGACCUGGUAUAAAAUGGUCUGGAGAACCGGCGUCAUGUGGAAUGUGCAAAGAAAAAUUCGACCUGUUGGUGAUAUUGGAUUCGUCUUCCAGUGUCACCUGCGAAGGAUUUGAAUUGGCAAAACAAUUUGUUGCGACUUUAAUCGACGCGUUAAAUGUCGGCCCGUCCGGCGUACAAGUUUCUUGCUUAAGAUAUUACAUGGAUGUACAUGAAGAAUUUUCUUACGACGAAUACGUGACAAAACACAGUUUAAUUGAGGCAAUGUUAAACAUCGGAUAUUGUGGUAAAGGAACAAGAACUGGUGAAGCAUUGCAAUAUGCAGUCGACAAUCAGUUUUCACAAAAAUCCGGAAGACGAGGUAAUGACGUUCCACAUAUUACAUUGCUCAUCACAGACGGGGAAGCAAGAGAUAAUAUAACAGGUCCUGCACUUAAAUUGAAGAGCUUGUCAAAAGUAUAUCCCAUUGGAGUGAAGAAUGCCAGUCCAAAUGAUUUGAGGCAAAUUUCAUCUGAUGAAAAUGUAAUGGACAUUUUAGCAGAGUAUGAAGAUCUAAUGAAUGUUACACUUGUGUGGGACAUCGCCAACAAAUUCUGUGAAGCUGUUAGAGAGAUUAAAGAUACAUUAUGUGACAAGCUAAAGUUAAAAGUACCAUUUGGGGAGAUAGAGAAUAAAAAUGAAAGUGAUCGAAAUAUUGUGUUUACAACUGUUGGAACCACAUUUACUCUUUCAUGCUUUAAGGGCUAUAGAACAAUAGGAGAAGGAAUUGCAUUUUGUGGGUAUGAUGGUAGCUGGGAAAAGACUAGUUGGGAAUGUAUAGAAAAAGGUUGCGAGACUCUUUCGGAACAAAAUGAAGUCAUUGUCUCGUGUACUGAAGGUGAUAGAAUAGGUUCUAGUUGCACAACUCGAUGUAAGCCAGGAUAUGAAAUUGUUCCAUCAUCCAACCCUGAAGAUGAAAAAUUAUGUGAGAAAGGAAACAACACAAUAUUAUCCUGCUUCCACACUUGCGAAAGAACACAAAACAGUGGCCCAAAAUGGGAUUCUGAAAGUGUACAAUGUCAAAAAACUAGCAGUUGCAGAAAAGGAACCUGUAAAUAUGGAAGUAAAUGCUUGAAAGACAGUGAUGAUGAAUUUUAUUGCAGUUGUACAGCAGGAUACACCGGUCUGUUCUGUGAAACUGAGAUUAAGGAAUGUGAAAAUGUUGAUUGUAACAGAGGAGUAUGCGUUGAUCUAAUCAAUGACUAUCAAUGCAAAUGCAAUCCAGGUUUCCAUGGAACUCACUGUCAGUUGAAUAAAAAUGAAUGUCUUUCACGUCCCUGUAAACAUGGUGGAGAUUGUGUUGAUGGUAUCAACAAUUACACUUGUAUAUGUGAUAACACAGGAUGGACUGGACGAAAUUGUGAAGAAGCUGUGAACGAAUGUCACUCAAAUCCUUGCAUGAAUAAAGGUUUUUGCAGAGAUAGAAUUGGGUAUUAUGAAUGUGAAUGCCAACCAGGAUUUGAAGGAAAACUUUGUGAAACAAAUAUUGAUGAUUGUGCCUCUUCACCUUGUAUAACUGAAAAGUCUGAAGAUUGCAUUGACAAGAUUGCUGGGUUUGAAUGUAUUUGUGUAAAUGGCUAUGAAGGUAGUACAUGCCACAUGGAUGUAGAUGAAUGUCUUGAUGAUCCUUGUGGAGAAGGAGGGAGAUGUAGUAACUCAGUUGGAUCAUUCAUAUGUAAAUGUGCUGUUGGAUAUAGAGGGGAUCUGUGCGAAACAAUAAUUGAUUACUGUGAUCCAGAUCCAUGUAGUAAUAAAGGGAAAUGUGUAAAUUAUAUUGGGUCAUCCAAAUGUGACUGCUUAGCUGGAUAUACAGGAUCAAAAUGCAAUUUCGAUAUAGAUGAAUGUAUAGGAAAUGCUUGUAGGAAUGGAGUCUGUGAAGAUGGAGUGAAUGAAUAUUCAUGCAGUUGCCACCCUGGCUUUAAUGGUCGUUAUUGUCAGUUUGACAUAAAUGAAUGCUUAUCAAGUCCAUGUGGUGAAAAUGGAUAUUGUCAAGAAAAUAAACCAGGCUCUUACAGGUGUGAUUGUAAAGUAGGUUAUGCAGGUACAAAUUGUGAUGAGAACAUAAAUGAAUGUGUAUCCUCGCCUUGUCAAAAUGAUGGAACGUGUAUAGACGGUAUAGCAAAAUUUACCUGUGAUUGCAAAAAAGGAUUUCAAGGAACGUAUUGCGCUAAAGACAUCAAUGAAUGUGGAAAUAUUGAAAAUGUUUGUGGAAUACAUGGCAAUUGUGUAAAUACAUACGGCUCAUAUUUUUGUAAAUGUGAUAAUGGAUUUGAAGGAGAAGGCUGUGAAAUUAACAUUAAUGAAUGUGGAGAACAUGAAUGUAAAAAUGGAGCACAGUGUAUUGAUGGGGAUAACGAAUACAAAUGCAAAUGUCGUGUUGGAUUUGCUGGCAAAUUUUGUAAUCAAAAUAUUGAUGAUUGUUUACCAAAUAUAUGCAAAAAUGGCGCUACUUGUACUGAUUUGAUCAAUGAUUAUAAGUGCAAUUGUAAACAAGGAUAUGCUGGAAAAAGAUGUCAAAUACAGAAUGAUGCUUGCCUUUCCUUUCCAUGCAAAAACGGAGCUGAAUGCAUGACCGAGGAAGUUGGUUACCGUUGUGAAUGUCUUCAUGGAUUUGAAGGUAAAAAUUGCAAUAUUGAUAUUGAUGAAUGUGAAACAGAACCGCCAUUGUGUGGUCAGAACGGUAUCUGUGUCAAUCGUUAUGGGAGUUUUGACUGCGUUUGUAGCAAAGGAUAUCAAGGCAUAUUUUGUGAUGAAAAGCUCUGUUCACUUCCCGUAAAUACAUCUGUAUUAGGUGAAAUGAGUUGUACAGAUGGUGUUAUUCCUGGUUCAGAAUGUACUAUAUCGUGUCCGGAGGGCUACAGAGUGAAAGACAGUCGUUCAAAUCCUAGGAUUAAAUACAUCACAGAAUUAAAUACUGAAUGUAUCAAUGGCAGCUGGGAGAAUGCCUCAUUUUAUUUCUCUGGUUCUCCUCCUAAAUGGCAAUGUGAAACAAUGACUUGUGCACCGCUGGAGAAACUCAGUGUUCAAGGGCCUCUGAAAUAUCACAGGGUUGACUUGUUGAAACAUUAUCAAAAUGAGGUACACAAAAUCAACUGUAGUAAUGGUACAAGUGUCGGUUCUGAAUGUACUCUUGAAUGCCAUGAAGCAUUUGUUAUUGGUGCAAAAUUAUCACACAGAAGGCGUUGUAACAAAGAUGGAUCGUGGUCUGGUUCAAGAUGGAGAUGUGUACAAAGAAAAUGUUUUCAUCCAAAAACAAUAGGCAAUAUUGACUCGUUAUCCUGCUAUAGUCGUAUUAACCAAUUGCAGAGUGAGGAUGACAGAUUCAAACCAGGUUCCACAUGCACUUUGAAAUGCUUGAAAAAUUUUGAAGUUAUUGGAGCCCAAAAUAAGACUUGCAGUGGAAAUUACAAUUGGGAACCAGAUGGUAUUUGGGAAUGUCGUGAGCGAAAAUGUCCCACUUUGCUUCCAGCAAUCAGUAACGGACGUUACCUAUGUGGAGACAGUGCUCGACCAGGAUCUGUGUGCAGUGUUAUCUGCAACUCAGGAUUUGUGCAGGAUGACAGAAAUGUUCGUCGUAUUAUUUGUGAAGAAAGAGAUGGAAAAAUGGUCUGGAAUCUUGUGGGAAACAAAGGUCUUAUUUGCAUACACAGUGAAUGUGAAUCUUCAUUCAACCUUGCAACACUUGAAACCACUGGAACAAAUUUAUUGUCAGUGCCACAAUUUCCUUAUCGAGAUCAAGUAAUAAGAAAAGAGAAUAGAACUCUUCCAAAAGCAUGUAAUUCUAAGGCAAUUAUUGGAAUGAACAUAACCAAGGAACAUUCUGUGACAAUGCAACUUUGGUAUGGUGGAAUAAUCGCUGGUUAUCAUACUGUUCUGACUACAUUUCCUGACACAAAUGGUCAUGAUGCUCGGUCACCAUCAGAAGAACAUUUGGUUACUGGAGUUGGACGACAGUUGUCAUCAUCUGGAUUUCAAAGCCAAAACAAUCCUCUCGGAAUAGCAGUAAAUAUAUUGCCUGUGAUUGUUGUUCCGAAUUCAAGAGCUACAGUUAAAUUAACUUUUAAUGAGUGGACUUGGAUGUCAAAAGGUGGAGACUGGACUGGUAAAAUACAUGGCAGUGCUAGUAACAACCAAUCUUGGUAUAUGGUGUAUCUUGGUAUGAAUCGAGUACCAAAUACUAGAGAAUACUACGACCGAUACAGGAAUGGCACUGGGCUUUGUUAUGUUUGUUUGAACAAGAAUUAAAUAUAUUAGCAAGUAUGCUUUGAAUAUUUUUAUUACAGUUCUGCAGAAUUCUUAGACCACUAAAAAUGAAGACACCGUUUCCUGAUAUCAGUAAUUGAUUUAAGCACUCAUCUAAAUCUUGUGCAGCUUGUCACAAAACUGAUUU